AUGAAUAAAGCACGUGCAAAAGUAUUUGCUCAUCUUAUUUCAAUGCCUGUUCAACUUAAAUAUCUUCUAGUUGAAAAGAUUGAAUGGAUUUUUCAUAUUGUUCAAUAUGCAUCAAAUGAUCUAAAAGAAAAAACACUGAGCACUGUUCAAUGUGCUGAAUUUGGUAUUCCCAGUUGUCAUUAUGGUUCGAAUGAAUCGAUUCAUAUUGGUAAAAAUCUUGUACAUUUUCUCAGUACUUAUAUGCCUCAUUUACAAAUAUUACGUCUUUGGCGACCAGAUGAUUUUCCUUGGACAUCUAGUAAGUUUAUUUUAAACGAAAAUCUAAUAUCGAUAGAUUAA